CCGGGUUGUAAUUCGGUUCGAAAAUGAUGUCUGCUGAUUAGAAUUCAUAAUGUCUUGAGCUUUCGUUUGGACGCUGAAUGUAGGCGAAUGAAAAUACCAUAAUCAUUAAAAAUGUCAUCGGCAAGCAACCUGGCGGUGCCCAUGGUGCUGUGGGGCAGGUAUGCUCCUACACAUUGUAUAUCUGCCAUUCUCAUGACAGCAGACAUGAAGAAUAUAGUAACUGGAUGCAAUGAUGGACAGAUAUGUAUAUGGGACCUCAAUGAGAAUUGGCAGCUGUACCCCAGGAGCAUGUUGUUUGGACAUACAACAGCUAUCAGCUGCCUGGCCCUCGGCUCGGACAAUCCGUUAACAUCUUAUGUUGUCAGUGCCUCAGAAAAUGGUGAGAUGUGUUUAUGGGAUAUCACUGAUGGUCGAUGCAUUGAACACACGAAGAUGUCUAUUGUGCACACUGAUAUUAAUGCCUACAGAUUCCGCUCUUCUAAAGAACUGAGGCUUGUGUGUAAUGGCUACUACCCAGAAAUCCAUGUCAUCGAUCCCCUCAGUUUUGAGUUGUUGUGGUCACUGUGCUCCAAACUAGCUCCAGACUGGAUCAGCGCCUGCUGUGUACUUCGACCAGUCAAAAGAGAGGAUGAUGUAGUGCUAGCUGUAUCUAACUCCGGAACUGUCAAAGUAUGGACACUGACCUCUGAACCCAAGACCAAGUCAGUCUAUGAGGAUGAAUCGAAGCAGAUUCGCUGUCUGAAUGCUCAAACUUUAACAUGCUGCCCGUACAACCAGCGGACUGUCCUCAUUGUCUGCUCCAAGUACUGGCAGGUGUAUAAUUAUAACCCCCAAUCUGAGAGUCCUCGUCACCAUGGAAACCGGAUAUACGAUGCUGGGGAUUUCACCUUGUUGUGUUCUGAGUCGAACCGCGUCGGUGAACGGUGGGCAGGUGGCGACUUCAUCAGCGUGGACCGCGUCAUUGUAUGGAGCAAUGAUGGCAAGGGGUAUCUCUACAAGCUUCCCACAAAUCUUCUGAAAGGAAAGGCAAUUACAAGGUCAAGGAGACAGUCUGUAAGUUCUGAUGCAAGUCCCGACAGCCCUGACUACCAUCGACAACACCAACCAACAUCUCCACAUGCUUACUAUAUACUUGAUCUUUAUGCAGAGCAGUCCCUGGUGUGUUCGCCAGCCAUGAUGUUUUUCCGGAGCGAGGGCGAGACUGCCCCGAGGAGGCUGUUACUGCGAGGAGACUCCGAGGGGAGGGUGGUCAUCUGGAAGCUGCCUGAGGUGUCUGAGAGACAGAUGACACUUGUACGACAAGAGAGCUUUGACAGAUUGCCAGCCCUCCCUCCCCGCUGUAAGACCACACUGCAGGAGGUGUGGGACAGCCUGUACAGGCCCCCUGCUGGAGUGCUGGACGGACUGUGUGAUGAGAACAGGCAGUCCCUCCACAUCUCGUCCACCAUCUACAUCCCGUCACAAGGCAAGCUGGUGUGCGGCCGCAUCAACGGCACCAUCGUCAUCGUCCCUGCAACACAGAGCGUCAUGCUUCAGCUUCUCACCACCAAGACACUCAAGGCUGACAAUAUUCCCACCAAGAUCCUGCAGGGACAUGACGGGAGGGUGACAUGUCUGCUGUACCCCUUCAACGAGAGCACGCGGUACGAGCCCCAACAUCUGCUGUCUGGGGGAGCCGACUUCUCGGUGAUCCUGUGGGACAUGAACUCCGGCUACAAGAUCCACACCUUCACUGUACAUGGCGGGGAGCUCACACAGAUGUUGGUGCCGCCCGGGAACUGCAAUACUCGGAUCCUGUCUGCUGUUUGCUCGGUUGCCAGUGACCACUCUGUAGCUCUCCUCAGCAUGAAGGAGAGGAAGUGUAUCAUGUUAGCAGGGCGCCAUCUGUUUCCAGUCCAGACAAUCAGAUGGCGUCCCCUGGAUGACUUCAUGGUUGUCAGCUGCUCUGAUGGCACAGUCUAUGUAUGGCAGAUGGAGACAGGUCACCUGGAUCGAGUUGUCCAUGGCAUUACUGCAGAGGAGAUCCUCAACAACUGUGAUGAAAAUGCAACACCUAUGGAGAGUCUGACCAAUCCUAGUCUUACUCUGGCUCAGGCACUAAAGAGACGGAAUCUGGCAACAUUCAAAAACCUGGCCCAGCAGAAACUACAACAGCAACAAGCAGCUGCCCAACAUCAGCAGCAGCAGCUGACACAGAGGCCACCUCCAGAGAUGCUCAAACCUACCGGGUACCCCCUGCUUAUACAAGGAGUGAGGACCAACACAAGGGACCCGGACUCACAUGUGCUUUUCUUUGACACAGAGGCUUUGAUUGUGCAACUGUUGACGGAGGAGUAUUCCACCAUGUCCCCCGGAGAGCUGGAGGCGAGGGGACUCAUCGGGAUGACAGAGGACCAGCUCAUCAAGUCCUCUGGAGGCCUGGAGCUGUCAGACACACAACAGAAGCUCAUGGGUUUCAUAGCCAAAGCUAAGGAAAAGGCUGAGAAUGUUGGUCAGAAGAUACAAGCAAGGGCAGAGACAGCUGGACUCGUUCCUGUACAAACAGGAGGUCGUUUAACUCCCACAAGAAUGAGUGCAAGUCCCUCAAGGCGAAGUAACACCAAGCCUGAUGGCCUUGUUGUCAAUGACAAUUUGACACUGGAGAUCGCUCAGUUCUUCAUGUCAUGUCUUCAUGCAUGGGGCCUGGAUCCAGAUCUUGAUAGACUUUGUGUUAACAAACUUGGACUGCUGAAACCUCAGUGCCCCAUAUCGUUUGGCCUGCUGUCCCGCCAGGGCCACAUGUCACUGAUGCUGCCGGGAUGGCACAAGCGUGUUUGUCAGGAGGAGUUGGUGGGCAUCAGUGGCGACAUUGGGAAGACAACUCUUGCUGAUCAAGCUCGGACUGCAGCCAUGAAGGGAAUGGAUAAAGGGACUGCUGAUGAAUCCAGCAAGAAGACACUGCUUGCACAGAGGUCAGGGAGUGUUCCGUUUGAUGUAGAGCACCUGCUGUUCAGUGAUGGGGAUCUGGAAAGUGAGCUUCGUCACAACACAUCUUCUGAGGACCAGAAGGCAGCGAGCCGGCCACCUCUGUCAGCCCUACAGGAAGAGACCAGGAUCUUCUCUGCGAAGGCAAGAUGGAAAAUCUCCAGCGGUGUGACCACUCAGCACCUCCUCAGUGUAAUCUCAGUAGCCAACACACUGAUGGGGAUGAGUCAUGCCAGCUUCAUCUUUGGUAAACAGAGCAGAUCAAGGAGGAAGGGCAAUAGUCAGUUCACCAAUCACCAUGGCAUUAUCAUGAAUGAGACUGACAGUGAUGCAGGUAGUGAGGACGAAGACAGUGUCAGUAUCCUGCAGGCCCAGAUAAAGCAGGGCUGGAGUCUGUUAGCAGCGCUACACUGCGUGCUACUGCCCGAGCUGGUAGGUCCCGCUCACUACCAAUCCCCUCAGCUGGAGAUGCUGGCUCGCAGGUGGCAGGACCGCUGUCUGGAGAUUAGAGAAGCAGCCCAGGCUCUUCUGUUGGCUGAGCUUCGUCGGAUUGGACCUGAAGGACGGAAAGCAAUAAUAGAUGAAUGGUCUCCAUACCUGCCGACCUAUGUGGACCCCCAGCACAGCCUGCUGAGUGACCCUCAACGUGGGGAGGAGGACGAGGAAGAGGAAGAUGAUGAACAGAUGCUGGCAGGUGAUUCUCCUGCCCACAAAGUAUCUGUGUCAUUUGAAAGUCGGCGAAAACAGGCAACUGCUAUUGUGAUGUUAGGUGUGAUAGGAGCAGAGUUUGGGCACGAGAUAGAACCCAACCGACGCAAGGUGGAGGAGAUAAAGAAGGGCAAGAGGAAUGUCCAAGAAGGCUUCAGUCUCACAAACUACAACCUCUCCAGACACACUAGCAAGGCUCUAACGUUCCUGUUGCUGACCCCUCCCAGUCCCCGCCUACCCUCCAAUACCCCCAUCCGCCGUGCGGCCAUCGACCUGUUGGGUAGGGGCUUCACUGUCUGGGAGCCGUAUCUGGACGUGUCCUCCGUGCUGCUGGGGCUGCUGGAGCUGUGUGUGGAUGCAGACAGGCUACUGCCAAGCAUGAGCUAUGGGCUCCCUCUGACCCCAGCAGCAGAUGCCUGCAGAUCCGCACGCCAUGCUCUGUCCCUGAUAGCAACAGCCCGACCCCCAGCACUCAUCAUCACCAUGGCCAAGGAGGUGGCACGAUACAACGCCCUGGCACAGAACACCCAGUCUCAACAUGCACAGAUCCUCAACUCUGUGCUGGUCAGAGCCAAGCAGGAGAUCCUCCAUGUUAUUGAGCUGCUGGUCGAGAAAAUGCCAAAUGAUGUGGCUGAUCUCAUUUGUGAGGUAAUGGAUGUGACCAUGCAUUGUCUGGAGAUAACCCAGCUCAAGGCCAAGGGGCUGCAGGAACUCUUCCCAGCAGUCUGCAGGUUCAGUAUGGUAUCGUACUGUGGACAAACCAAGCGGAUCUGGGUGGGGGCCAAGAACGGUGGCCUGGCUCUGUACGAGAUGAAACAACAUGCCAAGUGUCAGCUUAUUCCAGGCCACCAUGGUCCAAUCAUUGCCGUGUCUGUCAACCCAGACGGCAAGUUCCUGGCCACUUUCUCCCAUGUUGACAGUAAACUCAAGUUCUGGCAGACUGCUUCGUCUUCUCUGUUUGGUAUUGGAUCUCAGCAGACCAAGUGUAUACGGCAGUACACUACUGCGCCGUGUCAAGUAACCCCAGUCACCAACAUCCUCAAACUCGUCCGACUUGUAUGGAUUGACAACAGAACCGUUGUCUUGCUCACCGUUGAUGGAACAGAGACAAAAUAUUCUGUAUAGGAUGAUGAAUUGAUUCAUGACACAUAUCUGGGCAUUAUGUGCUUGAAGAGCGAAAGGCUGUGGAAUCAGUAUCAAAACAUUGUUGGUUGAAAUAUCUUCAGCACUUUAAUAUACAAAAAGCUUCAAGCAAUUCUUCAUAUGUUGGUGUAGUACAGUGUGUUCUGAUGUAGUUGAGACUUCUAGGGGUGUAACGAUUGAUCAACUAGCAACAGCGGGAUUGUUUAUGGCCCAAAGGCAAUACAUAGAUGACAAGCUAAGAAAUCAAUUGCUAACAUCACUACCGUACUACACUGUCAGUAGACCUACGGUAAUUGUAUUAAUAAGAUACAUAGUAAGUCUCCUUACUUGAAGAGCCAUGGAUAUCCAUUCAUAAAGUAUACUUAAUUUUUUACAGACAAUAUUGGGAUGUACCUCCCAUAAUUCAUAAAGCGAUAUCCUGUGAACUAAGACAAAGUGAGCAUGUAAGACUUUGUCAUCAUG